AUGGCUGGAGCUCCCGCAGCCACCCUGGACCACGAGGUCGAGCAUGGCAGGGCCACAAGACGGAAGGGCCGAAGUCACUCGCCCUCUCUGGGCUGCAGCAGCCUCACCUGUAUCAUGGGCCACAGCGGCUCCUCACAGCAGUGUGGGGUGAUGACGGUGCAAGGUGUGGACCCAAAGUGCGCGACCUGGAGGCGGCCCUUCGGCGCGGCCAGGAGACCCGGCAACCAGACGAGGAAGAAGAACCGGCUGUGCGCGCAGGAGGCCGAAAGCCCUGAACGCCAGGCGCUGGAGCUGGAGGAACUGCGCGCGCUGUUGGAAGACGAGCUGCUGCGGAUGCGCGAGGCCUACGAGCUGCAGGCUCAGGAGCGGCAGAGUGCGAUUGACCGCCUGGAGGAUGAGAAGGCUGCCCUCACCUUGGCCAUGGCCGACCACCUGCGGGACUAUCAGGAGCUGGUGCAGGUGAAGACCAGCCUCAGCCUGGAGGUGGCGACCUAUCGAGCCUUAUUGGAAGGAGAAAGUAAUCCAGAGAUACGGAUCCUGGCUGAGCGCAUGGAACACCUGCCGCGAGGUAAAGGCCAGAAAAGCUAAUUCUUGAACUUCAAGAUGCUUCCCAUCUGGACAGCUUCCGCCCGAGGAUAAACAGCAAAGCGUCGUUUACCUGGAGGCAUUGGGGUUCAGAUGUGGUUUUGUCGCAUAACCGUUGUUCACCCCUCUCUUACGCACAGAAUAGAUUUUAUCUAGUGGGCCACCAUUCUCGGGGGCGGGGAUCUUUUUUCCUGCCAAGGGUCAUUUGCAUAUUUAUGAUAUCACUCCCGGGCCAUACAGAACGACCCACUUAGAAACCAGCCUGCUCUGUUUGGUCCAACAGUUCGUUAACUCACCCCUAAUGCCUUGGCAGGGCCAGAGGC